AUGCGCUUCCACACGUGUCUCAGUACGUUUUUGGCACAAAACUGACCUGAAACUCGUUGCUUAUUUCAUAUGCUGCGAAACGCGUUUUACGACGACCGAACUGUGUGAAAGGCAUGAGCAGGAGCACUUUAAGUAUUCAGAGUAUGUGCAGAAAAACAUUUCAAGCUAGAAAAAUUGUUUUCAGAUUGAAUGGAACCGACGCCCAGUGCUGCCCAAUCUGUGGAACGAUGGAAAUGUGGUCGCUGCCCAAAGAUGUACGCAAUUUUCAAUCUAAAGAAACCCGGAAAAUCGCCCCGAUUUUCGGCACUUUUCAAUGCGUUUUGUUUCAGCGCUCGACCGAUUCGCUGCAAUCGCAUCUCGUCCGCCACGAACUCGAUUUUCGCGUCGCGUGAACAAUGUGUGUUUACAGUUCAACAUCCUCCUCAAAUCGCACCUUUCGACACGCGGCGAGCUCGUCGUCACAACGGGCGCCGAAUAUCAGAACUAUGUGGGACUGAAGGUGGCCGGACGGACCCAAUCGACCGUGAGACGGACAAUAUUGCCGUCGACAGGCCCCUCCACUUGCACCUGCACUUCUUCUUCUUCGGCUCAACCGACGGGACCGCCGACACGAAAUCCGAUCACGGUCUCGCUCGCGGACCGCGGAAAUGCGGCACUUUUAUCGAUUGCCGUCUCAAUUGUUGGAGACCAAUAA